AUGGCUUCCCACAAUGUCAUCCCCAGAAGCGUAUUCUCCGAUGAGAUCAUCGAAAAGCUCACUACUUCGCCGAGGCUGGCGUUCGACAAAGUGAUUCGACAUCUCCCCAGACCAAAGCUUUCAACGAUAUCUCGAACCUCGAACAGCUCAUCACUUGGUCUACUCGAUCUCCUACCCGCAGAGAUUCUCCUCGAGGUGCUCAAGCUCAUCGACUUCCAGCCUCUUUCUCGACUCUUGCGGACCUCCCUCAGGGGAAAGGCAGUCGUAGAGGCAUUGCGAUUAUAUCGUCAUGUGAUGGAAUACUCCCCGAAAGCCCUGGCUGCGCUGGGUAAAACACGCCUACUCCAACACCACUCGGCUGCUCUUGUUCGACAAGUACUCUCGGAACAGAAAUGCGUCUCCUGCUUCGAGUUUGGUGGUUUUCUCUUCCUCCCAACAUGUGAGAGAAUCUGCCACGACUGUCUUGACAAGAACUACACUUUCCACUUGACGGGUGUGUCCUUUGCGAAGAAGUGGUUCUCCCUUAACAGCACACAACUACAAAGAAUACCAAUCAUGCGAAGCAUUCCUGGACGUUAUCAGUUGAGGCCCGAAGCUAAGCGCGAGCACCGUCAGUCGCAUCAGCUUGUCAGCGUCAAACAGCUCUUGCAGUUGGCAAUCGACGUACAUGGCUCUCCUGAGAAUGUGGCCAAGCUCAUGCCAACCCGGAGCUUCGACAUAGAUGACGACAACUUCAAGAUUUUUGAGGAGUUCCACAAAGCCCCCUUGCAGCCACCAGGUUGCGACCUAUCCAAACUCCCAUUCGACUACCAGUUGCACGACAAAUAUCCCGGGAUGGCGGCCAUUCGAAUGCCUUCUCUAACCAGCUCUGGCCUCGAGUAUGGGAGCGAAUGUCAAGGCUGCGACUAUCUUCUGAGGAAGAAGUUUCUCGGAAUAUUGCCACGUCUGGUGCAGGAGGAGUUUGUGCCGCGCGACAUAGUUCCAGAAGAGGUAUUUAGAGCGAUGGCCUCUCGACUUCGACCAGGAACAGAGUUUAUAGAACAUCUCAGGGAGUGCUGUGGUGUUGGUUGGAUGUUCCGUGAGGGUGGGAGGCGACUGGUGUUCCACUAUGAAGGGGAAUGUUAG